AUGGAAAAAGAGAAAGACAAAAAGGGCCACGGAGUCGCGCAGGUCGGCGGGUUCUUGCAGCGUCUCAAGAAGAAGGCGCAGAACAAGUUCCGCGGAGGCGACGAUGGGAACGGCGGCGUGACAGCUGAGGAGAAAUCCGUCAAGGUGAGUUCCAAGCCCAAAAACAUUGGUUUUAUGGGGCUUGCGCAAAGUUUUUGAAAUUUUCGUGUUUUCGUGGCGGGACAAAAAAAAUUUUUUUUUUUUUUGAAACUUUGACUAAGCUUGGAAAAUACUGAAAGUCAAGAAUUUCUAAAGCAUUUUCUGAGACAUUUCUCGCCGGAAUCUUGCGUAAGCCACCGAUUUUUUCGUUGCAAAUUAUUGAAAAGUUGCUGAAUUGCAAUUUUAACGAGUUUUUUUAGAAAAAGGAUAAUCAGAAGCAGACGCAGGCCCGUAGGAAGAAGAAUACGGCUACGAAUACUCCCAAGGAAAGCAAAUCAGAUGAUACCGCAUCCUCUAUGGUCAUGAAGAAGAAAGACCGAGAACGCGACAAAGAUAAAGAAAAAGAGAGCGGAUUGGAUGCCUCCAGAAGUGUUAAAAAGAAGAAGUGAGUUUGAUUAUAACACUACGGCAGACGUAUUUUGCGUUCAAACCACUUCUGAGGCUUUUGCAACCAUUUUGCGCCCUUGAAACAGAAUGCCAAAAAUGGCGGGAAAUUCGAAUUUCACACUAUGCCUUUUUUAGUGGGAGAUGGAGUGUUGCUAUUUUACCCUUUUUUGAAUUAAUUCGAUCCCUUUCGAGCCCCUGAAACACAAUGCCAAAUUUGGGCGGGAAAUUUAAAAUUUGAAUUCUUUGGCAUAAUUAGUACGGUAUCGAACUGAGACGAUUGUGUUUUACUCCACGCUCACUUCCAAAGCGAUUGGAUCACCUUUUGAGCCUUGCAACAGAAUGCCAGAAUCUGUGGGAAAGAGCCGGAAUUCAAAACUAAAAUUUCGAUUUCAGCCAUAAAAAGAAAGCACCGAACGCCAACGUCACCGUAAUGAAGGUGGUUGAGACGGAAACCCAAAUAAAGGAGGUCCCGGAGACCGUCACCGACAAAUUCAACUUCAUUCCGACCAUGUUAAACAAGGAGUUGAGCGGGAUCCGAAAAGAAUUCAACGACAUCAAGGCCGAAGACAAGGCAAAGGUCCAUAUGGCCAUGGCGUGUCAAGAUCCCGCGAAUGCGGACAAGAAUCGCUACAAGGUGAGAGAAAUCGCGGUGUUUCUUGUGUUUAGAGGGUGCUUUGAAAUCUGCAUGUUUUCGUGGUGGGACUCAAAAAAUUUUUUUGGAAGUCAAAGCCUCUUGAUGAAACUUUGGGGAAAUUUAAAAUAGAAUUUUCCGAAGCAUUUGUCAAGAUUUGGGCUCUUACUGUGCAGGAAUUUUCGAUUUUUCGGCGGAAAAUCAAAAAAAUAAAAAAAAAUUUUUCUCGCGAUUUUCAGCGUGAAAAAUUUGCAUUCUACCCUAAUUGGGGAGCACAAUCUUUCUAUGAAACAUUGCUUUUUUCUCAGGAUAAUUCGAAAAGGUAUAGCUGAAAACAAUUUUUUUGACUCUCCUAAUUUUCCAUAGUCUCUCAUCGGGAAAAUUGUUGAAUUUCUCGACUCUCCGCGAGAACUAGGCGCUCAAACUUUUAGCAAUCAGUGGUUAGCCCAUUGAGACUUGCUGUGCAAAAUUUCAAGUCAUUUGAGGCACUUGGGAUACUGUAAUUCGCACUUUUUUUCAGAACAUUCUCUGUCUGGACGCAUCGCGCGUCAGACUGUCGGAUGGGGGCUACUAUCACGCGAGUGCGGUGGAUUCGCGUUUUAUUCUGGCCCAGUCGCCCAUGUUCAACACUACCGCGCAAUUUUGGGAUUUGGUUCAGAACGAAGGAGUCGAAAUGGUCGGUUUUUAUUGUUUUAGUCAUCAAGUUUGCGAUUUGUUUGAAGAAUUUGAAUAUUUUUUAAAAUUUUUGCUUAUUUCGUUUGGUUUUCAGAUUGUGCAGUUGCAUCCAUGUGAUGAAGGAAGAAAGUGCGCUAGAUAUUACCCAGGAAAAGUAGGCGAAACCAACGACUUUGGAGUGUUCAAGGUCGCGAAUUGCAGAGUAAGUAGGCCACAAAAAAGGUACUCCGCGAACUGCGCCCAAGCUUGGGCACUAAAGCUAGAAAAAAACGCUUCGACCUAGCUGGCACUGAAUUACUAUAAUAGCUCUAUAGUUUUAAGGGUACCUACGAAGGCUGUGACGACUCAUUUAGUUCCAUACGGAGGCAAUAAGUUUAGCUCCGGACAUGUUUCGCCAAAAUAAGGAACUUUUACCAGUUGGACCUAUUAUUAUCAACAAUUCUUGGUUUUCAGAUCGACGCCAGCCCUGUGGAGGAGCCGACCCUCCAUUUCAGUCAUUUCAAAGUUAGCGGCCCUAAGGGCGAGCAAAAAGUCAAGCAUGUUUUCUGGUCCAAUUUCCCUCCGGUGGGCUUCCCCGAGCCUUCGAACACGAUGCCCUUCCUUUGGAAGCAAAUCAAAGGCCACAGGAAAGUGUUGGUCCAUUGCAGCUCGGGAGCAGGUCGCAGCGCCGUGCUGGUUUUUACUUGCCAAAUUCUGGAAAGAAUCCAGCAUGGAGAAGAAGCGGAUGCACCCAGGAUGUUGAGGAACCUCCGGGAGAAGCGACAUUGCGCUAUCCGCAAUGAAAUGGUGGGUGGGGAGCGGGCAAAUCAGUUCGCGUUUAUAAAGCGUAACAUUUGUUUUAUUUUCAGCAAUACGUGUACGUGAUGCGCAUCAUCCUCUUCUACUUUAUGAAGUACAAUGCUGUGGAGAUGUCGCAGAAUUUGCUCAUCUUCGUCGAUGAUUUUGAUACCUAUGCCAAAAAGUUCGAGAGAGAAGAGAAGGAAAGAAAAGAAAAGUGUCCCAUUCCUGAGGCUACGGAACCCACCGAUGAAUUUCAGAAUUGA